UCAGAGGUUACAUUGUUAUGUAGCCACCUAGCUAGCAAAGGGCUGUUGUUGUUUGUUUUAACACCGCGACACCAUAAUUUAUCUGUCGUAUACACGCUUAAGUGUUUAUCGGAUGUUGCUAUUUAUUUAAUGCUAUAUUAUUGACAAUACAAUGUUCCCUGGAAGUUAAUGUUAGCUAGUUAGGUGGCUAGCUCUUAAAGGGGAAAGCGUCUUCCAUGUCGGCAGUGUCAUGUCUCAAAAAUUGACCUUGUUGUUAGCUGAAGAACGGCUUUAGAGUCGCUAGUAAUGGCGUCAACUAGACUGCUUCGCUUAUUCAGGGUUAGGACAGCGACUUGGUCCCGAGCCUGGUGCCUCCGAAGACAUGUCAGCUCUUCACCUUGGCGCCUGCAGAGCACCAUGUCUGCCUGGGUCAUCGAUCAUUUUGGUACUAACGAAGUUCUCAGGUACUCUGAGGAUAUGCCCGUCCCCACGAUCACGUCCUCCAAUCAAGUAAUGGUCAGAGUCCACGCUGCCAGUCUCAACCCUCUGGAUGUGUCGAUGAGGGGAGGGUAUGGAGCUAAGCUGCUCAAGCUACGAAAGAACCCAUUAUCGAUGAUGGACAAUGACGGUGAAUUUCCUCUGAUCCUGGGUCGGGAUGUGUCUGGAGUGGUGGUGGACUGUGGAUCUGAGGUUGCCCACUUUACACCAGGAGAUGAGGUUUGGGCUGCUGUACCCCCAUGGAAACAAGGCAGUCUGGCAGAAUAUGUCAAUCUAACAGAGUUUGAGGUUUCCCAUAAGCCCAAAUGCGUGAGUCACAUGGAGGCGGCGUCCAUCCCUUAUGUCGCCAGCACUGUUUUGUCUGCGCUUGUUAAUGCAGGUGGUCUUUGCAGAGACAGCUCCUCCAAUAAAAGAGUUUUGAUCACUGGAGGAUCAGGAGGUGUUGGAACAUUUGCUAUACAGUUGGCAAAGGCCUGGGGUGCCCAUGUUACGGUCACUUGCUCCCACAAUGCAGAGGGCCUCGUUCGAGGACUGGGGGCCGAUGAGGUGGUGGACUACGCUGCAGAAGAUGCAGCAGACCAACUCGAAAUGAUGGAGAGAUUUGAUGUGGUUUUGGAUGGCGUGGGUGGAGAUACAGAGGAGUGGGUGGUGGGCCUGCUGAAGUCCUGGUCUGGGGCUAAAUACGUCACACUGGUAACCCCUUUACUCUUCAAAACGGAUUCCCUUGGCCUGCUGGAUGGGCUCGUUCACGCUGGAUCCAGCCUGCACACGAAGGCCAUACAGAAUCUAAUAUCAAAUGGCGUCUUCUACCGCUGGGGAUUCUACGCCCCAGAUGGGCCGGCCCUGGAUGAGGUCAGCAAGCUGGUGGAUGCCGGGAAGAUCUUACCAGUGGUGGAGGCCACGUUUCCAUUCAGCCAGGUUCCCCAGGCUUUUCAGAAGUUGGAGCACGGUCACGCCAGAGGCAAGACAGUCAUUAGCAUGACAGACGACCAUGAGAAAGGGGAGGAGGAAAUGGUCCAGAACAGUCGCCCUGAACAAACGGCACAAACGCAGAACUAACGACAGCGAUGCCAAGGGAGUGAUGCUGCACUGUUUGUCUUUACAAGGUCACAUUGGGCAGAGAGAACCUGAUUCUGCCAAAUCCAAUGACCAUUCUUGAAGACUUCACAAGGUACCCUGAAUUCUGAUGCUUAAAUGUUUAUCUUAUGGACAAACAAGCAAUGAUGCAGCUAUCGUGUUGCUCUGAUGUCAGAACGAUACUGCGCACAGACACUAGGGGGGUAUAUUUGCACAGUAUCUGGGAUGUGCUGUGGUAUGUGGUGGUCAAAAUACUCCAUUUUUUUGCCUACAUGUCAGAGGUUAUUAUUGCAGGGAACACAAUUAAUCCAAAAACAUUUAGGGAACAACAUUUUGUAUGUAUGCUCUAAAUUUAUCUUCAUUUGGUGCAUGUCAUUAUACUGUAAAAAUUACUUCCUUUAUUGUGUCGUAUAGUCAUGGACAAAAUGUUUCUUCAGUUUAUUGAUCCAUUUUAAUGCCUGAUACAGCUAAAGGUACAUUUCUUUGGACAAAUAUAAUGAUGAUAACAAAUACAGCUCAUAAGAGUUUAAUUGAAGAGCUGAUAUCUAGCAGCUUCCUUGGUUUUCUUGAUAAUAACCAAAAUCACUUAUGUUAUUACAUGAAUAGCUAUAGCGUUGUACUGCCAAAAUUGUAACUCUUAUGAGCUAUUUUUGUUGUCAUUGUUAAUAAACAAAAGUACCUUUUAGUUGUACCAGGCAUUAAAAUGAACAAGAAACUGAAGAAAUAAGGGCGGCCUUAUCAUUUUUUCCCUGACUGUGUGUUUGCACAAAUGAAAAGUCAUACAAUGCAAAGUAAAGUAGAUUUGUUUUAUUGCUGGAUACAAAGCAAAAUUACAUUUGAAUAAAAAUACAUGAGGUGUUAACACUGUUUAAGUUAAUUACAAUGAAAAGACAAAUAUAUAAAACCUUGAGCUCUGUGACUGGAAGCAUGAAUAAGGUUCUUUUUUUAUUCAAGUUCAAACCUCACUGCUUGUAUGUUAAGUGGGUGGUAAUACAUUCGUAAGAAUUCUUUCGGCGGCUCUCCACAAAAAGGCAAAAAAGUUGCAGGAAAAGUGCACGUAGUCCUUGAACCUUUGUAUGUCUUAGCAGCUGCACAUGUGAGCCUCCUGCUAGCCUUUUAAAUAAUCUCCACAUCCCACAUCUGGUGUAGUUUAUUUGGAUCGAGGGUGUUGAGAAUCACUUGGUUUUUGUCGUAAUGAUGCCCCCCUGUAAAAGAUAGAUGUGUUACUAUCGCUUUAAAGCAUUUGGGCACAGUUGCAACAUUUAACCAUACAGUACUGUACAAAAGUAUGAAACCACAUUUAGAAGUGUUUCAUUAUAUUAUUAGCAAUGCUAUAGUAGUUCUAUACAACUAGAGUAUACCUAAUUGAAUGAUAAUAGCCUGUGUGCCAGUAUAGUUUCGUCCACAAGGUGUCACUGUGGACAAUGAUGCACAAUAAUGCAUAAUAAUAAUUUACAAUUAAACUAUUUCUCCAAUGUUGCCUGAGUAAAAGCUUACCUUUCACCUCCAAGACCAAAUUGGAGUUCGGCAUGUAGCGAAUGAAGCCCUCAGGGGUGAUGCUCCACACAUGGUUGUCCUGCUCGGGUGUGAGACCCAUGCGGCACCCUGCGAUAGUGACGCUACCGCUGGGGCUCAGGCAGCACUCCUCCAGCAUCUGCAAAAAAAAAAAAAUGCAACCUCAGUUGUAUUUGAGCACAUUUACGGUCACAGUGUCCAAUAGGUAUUCUAAAUAACAGUACCUUGCAAUGGAGAUGCCCGCCGCGGUAGACCCAGACCUGCUCAAAACCGUCCGUCUCCUCGGCCUCUUGAAUCCGCAGCAGUUUGACCUCCUCUAGAUCGCCGGUCACUGACAUCAUAAGCCGUGUCUGUCUGUUCCUUAGACGGAAGUGCACUUGCCUCUACACACACACACACACACACACACACAUACACACAAUAAUAAAACAAAGUUGGCAUUAUUAUCUAUUAUUAGGAUGUGCCCCCCCCCCCCACACACACACACACACACAAACACAAUGUUUAUUCAAGGAUGAUGCAAUUGCAAAUGAAUUGGGGUGUUGUGUCUAUUCAGACGCAGACCAAUAUUUCACUAUUUAAGGAAAUACUGCCAAAUGCAUUUCUUGAAUAAUAUUUCAUUUAUUUUUCAAUUAAAAAAAAAUACAGUUUGAUGCCUCUAGCAGUUAAUCAGGCCAUGGCAUUUGUUAGAGUAGAGGCCACUAUUUGAGGAAAUAUACACCAAUGCAACAAUGGUGCCAUUGAAGAGUACUGUUGGGAUCAGCAAGUGUCCCUAAUGUUGUGGCAAAUGAGUACUGUAUUUCCUUAUACUGUGGGUAGAGGGCACCAGACUAUUAGGGGUAAGCCCUUCAUUAUAAGGGAUAGUAGUGCUUUAUUUGCACAAAUGCAUUUUAAUUAUACUGUUUUGUAAUUUCACCAAUAUGAUUUCUUCAAGGAUGAUGCACUUGGUCAUUAAUUGAUGCAUGACAUCUGUUAGAGUGGAGGCCUCUAAUUGAGAAAACACUAAAUCCAAAUUGUUGCAUACCUGCAAAAGGGGACGGAGGGAUCCAAUAUUAUUCCACUUGCUGAAGUGACGCCAGUCAGGCAUCUCACCAGGUUUCACCAAAAUCUGAGCCCCCCGGUAGUUGUUCCCCUCGUAUAAUAUCCACCUGACAAGACGGGAAGUAAACACAAAUAUCAGCGACUGGGUUUGACCUGUUAAAUAUAGUCUUCAACUGUUUUCUGCGUUUCCCUAGUCGGACGUUGUGAAAGGUAGUGAAAUAACCAUAUUACUGGCACGCUUGUUCAGGUACCAAUUACAGUAGCACCAUCAGGGCUCAGUUAAACCAUAACAUGCCAAACUGAACCCAAUUGUACUACUUGGGUUGGUUCCCUCACACACUGUAAGCUCUGUUCUUCCUCAAAGUUGGGCUCACACCCGACGUCUGAAUGUCGCACAUCAGCAGCGCGUUUCCAUCAUCAUCAUAAAUCAACAGUUUUUACCUACACAUAAAAAUGUCCUCAACAUCGAAUGGAUAAAGGUAGUAUGAUGGUGACAAGCUGACCCUGGAACAGAUUAUUUCCAUUAUUUCUUAUGGGAGAAAUGAUUGUGAAAUCAGACCUUAGGGGCUCCACGCUGUUUCUCUUAAAUGAAGGUAUAGUUUUACUUGUCUACUGUGUGAGUCACUCUUCCACGCCGAUUUUUUUGCAGGGAUCACUAAAGUAUUUAGGUUGGCUCUCCAGUGAUGCAAUCUUCAGUUCUGAAUUGCUUGUGUGUUAAAAAAUAAAAAAGGGGGGAAUACAAAUGGAAUAUAAACAGUGCACACACUGCAUGGAGCUGUCAAAUUCACACCAUGCCGAGAUCUUGUACAGGCGUGGAUGUAUGACUCACAUGCCCCCCUCCACCAGCACCGACUGGACCCGAGCGCAGCCUUCAGCCAGCUGAAGGUUGACACAGCCGUCUGUCAGAACCACCCGCUUUCCACGCAGACCGCAGCGCUCAAAAAGAAUGAUGGAGGGCUGCGAGAACUCCUGCCAAGGGGGAGAGAAGCGUUUAAGAACCUCGUGGUGGGUGGAGCGCAGCAGUCGGCCAUGCUAAAUCAAAGGGAGUUUUUAAUCUAAGCGUUACCAUGACAACAGACAACACUGACCUUUGUACCCACUGUUGUCUAGCAGAGGGGUGGCUAAGGACUUUAUAGUAAAUCAUUUGUAAUUUAUUUCUAUGCAACUGUUUUUGAAAAGAGGCAGAAAGAAACAAGAGUGUUCUAGUAGCAUGAAUGCCUGUAUCCUAGCAUGUACCCAAUAGCAUAAAAAUACACAUACACAAUCCAGAAUAGCACUCAUUUAGCAUUAAGUGAAAACAUAUUGAUUUGCAGUAACAAAAAUAAACAAGUGGGGAAAUAUACAUUUUGCAGUAACAACGAAAACCAAAAAGCAGGGAAAAUAUUCACAUUGAGGUUUAAAAAAAACGCAAAAAUAUAAAUAUUGUGUAAAAAAAAAGAAUAGAAAAAAAAGAUAUUGCAUGAAAGAAGUAUGCCGUAAAAACAAAUAACAAAGAUUCUGAAAAAUAUUGAAAUUGCAGUUAAAAAAAAGUAGAGAAAACCCUAGAAAAUAUAUCAGUAUUGCUUGAAAGAAAUAUAAGAAAAAUCUGGAAAAAUAUUGAUAAUGCAGGUGAAAAAAUUGGGAAAAAGAUUGAUAUUACAGUGGAAAAAAAUGCAAAAAAUUGGGAAAAUACAACAGUACAUUGAUAUGAUAUUACAAAAAAUAGAGAAACUGAAAAAUAUUGAUAUGAUAAAAAAAAUAUAGGAAAAACACUGAUGUUGAUAUAGUAAAAAAAAAUGGAAAAAUACUGGCAAAAGUACUGAUACCACAGGAAAAAAAUACAUACCGUAUACCAUAUACGAAAUGCAUUUGAAAAAAUCUU